AUGGAGAGGUAUUUAAAAAAUGAACCGAAAUUAACUUCAUUUAAAAAGAUUACUUCAGAAUUGGAAGGACAACCGUGGGCUAUAACAGGCCAGGAAAGAUCUGGGGAAGCGUGUAGUGUUGUGUCAGACGCAGAUACAGGAGAUACAGAUCUGGACCACGAACUUGAAGAUAUUCCGGAAGAUGAGGAUGACUGUGAUAGCGGAGAUGAAACGGAAACAGACGAAAAAUUAAACAAUUUCGCUCAGUUGAAACUAGAUGAUACUUUAAGUUUACAUAGUUUUAGUUCAUCCUCAAGUGCUGUUUCAUGGGACAGUAAUAUCAGUGAUCCCCCUUUAUCUCCAAUCUUAAACAAAUGUCAUUCAGAUCCUUAUGCCCUGAAACUCAUUGCUCAACCUGGUCGAACAGAAACAUUCACU